GCGACACGCAGGUGGCAGCGGGCUGCCCGUGUCCCUGGCUGCCGUCCUAAGCCCUCGGCCCCGCGGUGAGCUUUUAAUUACAUCAAGGUAUUUGAAGCGGGUUCCUGGCGCUGGGUAAACAGUAGUCCCGGGCACGUGGAGGGGGGCAGGGGGUGGCACAGGACGGGCACCGUGCCCCCGCACCGGGGCUUGCCGGGACGGCUGGUCCUCGCCCAGGGCGGGAAGGAGGGAUGCGGGGACGGCAGCACCCGGCAGCACCCAUCACCGGCGGGUGCCGCGGCACUCCCGGGCUGGCACGGCGGCAUGGGGGGCACCUAUGGCACAGGAUCCGGCCUACCCGGGACGGCGCUGAGCACCACAUGAGUGUCGGAGCAGCAUGGCCAGCGACGCGAGGAUGGGGGACACCCCGGUGCGGUGGAGAAGAGCCCCGGAGGCAGCGCAGGACUCCCGGGGGAUGGAGAGCAACGGGAUGCUUUUAUCCCGAAGCGCCGCUGCCGAGCUGGGACUCCCGGCCUACCCGGAGCCCGGCAAGCUGAGCUACGCCAUGGAGAAAGGAUGUCCCUGGAGGGGCUCCGAGGGAUGUUUGGGACCCGCCCGGGAGCUCGCCGGUAGCCGCCUGGGCUGCCCCUACCCACCGGCCCCGCCGUGCCUGCGGGACGCGCUGAGCCGCCCCAAGGACGGAGCCGAGCUCCCCCCGCUGCUGCCCCCCCGGAACGGGCAGCCCAAGGCGGGCUGGGGGGAGCCCUGCAAGGAGCACCCGGGGCCGCGCUGGGCCGAGGCCGUGCUGGCACCGCUGGCCCUCUACAGCCACGCAUACCACCGCUACCCCCUGCCCGUGCCCGGGUUGGACGCCCCGCGCCCCGGCACCGCCGGCAAACCCCGCGGCGCGGCGGGGGACGCGGCCGGAGACCCCCCGGCCUUCCACCACUGCCCCUUCCUCGUGGAGGCCAAGCACAGCCCCUUCCUCCUGUCCUCGCUGCUGCCCAGCGGGCCCCCGGCCGAGCCCCCGUUCGGCGGCGCGGGGGCCGAGGGGCCGGGGCCGGUGCGGGACGGGCGCUUCGCAGGCCCGGACUGGCAUUUGGGCUCCUACGGGCCCGCCUGGGGACAGCCCCUCUAUCUGGGGGUCCCGCCGAGGUGCAAGGCGGCUCUGCCCCCCUUCGACGACUGCUCCAGCUCAGGGAACAAGGAGUUUUACGCCAAGAAAGGACCCGGGUUCCACCCCUCGAGCAAGAACCACGCGGCGCCGCAGCUGCUGGGCAAGAGCCAAGCAGGGCAGGACAGAGACGGGGAGGGGGAGCCGGCGGUGCCGGAGCUGCCGGGAGCCCCGUGGAGGGAUGGCCGGGCGGGGGGCAGCUCGGCGGUGCCCGCUCCCCAUUCCCGCACGCCUCCCCCCGGCGCCAGCCACCCCCUGUUCCUCCUGCAGCCCGGCUCGGGGGGCUGCGGGGGGCCCUGGGUGGGAGCACGGCCCCACGGCGCCGAUUUUUCCAUGGACACGGGGCCGGGCCGGCCCUCGGAGCCCAAAGAUGAGCGCCUGGGCUACCGAAGCGCCCAGCCCCGCUCGCCCUCGGCCUGCGGUGAGCCCAAUCCCUCGCCCCUGCUGGCGGACGGGCACUACCCAGCGGCUCUGGCCAAGCCGGAGCCCCCCCCGGGCUGUCUGUGCCCCACCCCGGGCUGCGAUGGGUGCCCGGGGGUGGGCUGCGGGGUGCCCAACCCCUUUGAGCCCACCCUGGGCACGGCCGGGGGGCGUUUUCCGUGCCCCCCCAGCAACCACACCAAGCUGAAGAAGACGUGGCUGACGCGGCACUCGGAGCAGUCGCUGCCUCGCUCCAAAGCUUCCCGGCGGGACGGGGGUCCCGAGCCCCCCGGGGAGGGCAAGCGCUCGGCCAAACGCCCCCACGGCACCGCCGACGGUCCCCGCCCUGCCGGCGAGGGCGCCGGGGCGGCCAAAAGGGGCACCAAGGCCACCGCCGGCCCGGGUGGUGGCACGGAGAGCGCGGGGGACGCCGAGGAGAGGAGGAUGGAGCUGGGAGAGGAAGGUGAGGAUGCACAGGAUGAGCAGCGGGGCCGGGGAGAGGGCGGGGGCAUCGCCCGAUCCCGAGGGAAUUUUGCAGCCCCGUUCCCGGCGCCCACAACGCGAGCUGGGAACACGAGUGGGCUGCGGAACCUGCUGCGCUUUUCCCGGGCCUGGCAGCGAUUCCCGGGGUGGGCAUGGAUGGAAAUGUCCCUCUGGGGCAGCGCUGGGGCAGGGACUCCUCGAGGAGGUGUUGGCAUGCCAGGCCUGACCUCUGAGCAGCUCCAGCCCUACUUUCCAGCCCUACUUUCUGGCCCAGUUUCCAGCCCCCGCCACAGCGUGCCAGUCACAGGAUCCCAGCAUGCCGGAAUGCUUUGGGUUGGAAGAAACCCUAAAAGAGACCUCAAACCCCAUCCAGUCCCAGCCCCUUGCCAUGCCCAGGGACACCUUCCACCCUCCCAGCUCGCUCCAAGCCCCGUCCAAGCCGCCCUUGAGCACUUCCAGUCCCUCCCAGCUGGCGUGGACAGGGCUCCACGGUGUCCCCAAGCGCUUCCCGUGUCCCCAGAGCCGCCC